AACACACUCCCUCUCUCAUUUCCUUCAUUUUCUCUCUCUAGAUCCUUUCUCUCCUCACAUUCCCAAAAUGCAGGCCUCCCUCUCUCUGCCCUCCCUCUCCCACGCCGUCCCCAGAUCAAACUACGUCGUUCAAUUCGCCCUCCCUCUCCCGCCGUCCAAGCCUAUCAAUCUCCGAUUCUGCGGCCUCCGCCGCGAGGCCUUGGGAUUCUCGCCUCUCGCCCACUCCGACUCGCACCGCGUCCGUCUCUCAGCUCCUUCCCGCUCUGCAACAAUCUCGGCUUCGUCCUCCUCCGGCAAUGGCAGCCCUCCCAAGUCGUUCGACUACGACUUGCUCAUCAUCGGCGCCGGCGUCGGUGGCCACGGCGCUGCUCUCCACGCCGUUGAGAAGGGUUUAAAAACUGCCAUCGUGGAGGGAGAUGUGGUGGGUGGAACAUGUGUUAACAGGGGAUGUGUCCCAUCUAAAGCUCUUCUGGCAGUUAGUGGUCGGAUGCGUGAGCUUCAGAAUGAACAUCACCUUAAGGCUUUAGGUUUGCAGGUUUCAGCAGCUGGAUAUGACAGACAGGGAGUUGCUGAUCAUGCGAAUAAUCUUGCAACAAAAAUUCGUAAUAGUUUGACCAAUUCUAUGAAUUCUCUUGGAGUGGACAUUCUGACAGGUGUUGGUACAAUUCUGGGCCCUCAAAAGGUGCAAAUUGGAUCAUCUGACAAAGUUGUAACUGCAAAAGAUAUAAUCAUUGCCACCGGUUCUGUUCCUUUUGUUCCUAAGGGGGUUGAAGUUGAUGGAAAGACUGUAAUUACAAGUGACCAUGCACUCAAAUUGGAGUUUGUUCCAGAGUGGAUUGCGAUUGUUGGAAGUGGUUACAUAGGUCUUGAGUUCAGUGACGUGUAUACAGCACUUGGGAGUGAGGUUACUUUCAUUGAAGCUUUAGAUCAGCUUAUGCCUGGUUUUGAUCCUGAGAUUGGAAAGUUAGCCCAAAGGGUUCUAAUUAAUCCACGGAAGAUUGAUUAUCAAACUGGGGUAUUCGCAUCCAAGAUCACACCAGCCAAGGAUGGGAAACCAGUCACCAUUGAACUAAUUGAUGCAAGGACCAAGGAACCAAAAGAAACCCUUGAGGUAGAUGCAGCACUAAUUGCAACAGGAAGAGCGCCAUUCACACAAGGUCUUGGAUUGGAGAAUGUCGAUGUAGCAACACAACGUGGCUUUAUUCCUGUUGAUGAGCGCAUGCGAGUAAUAGAUGCAAAUGGAAAAUUGGUUCCUCACCUUUUUUGCAUUGGUGAUGCUAAUGGCAAGAUGAUGCUUGCUCAUGCAGCCAGUGCACAAGGAAUUUCAGUGGUUGAACAAGUCACAGGAAGAGACCACGUGCUCAAUCAUUUGAGCAUUCCUGCAGCAUGUUUCACUCAUCCAGAAAUCAGUAUGGUUGGAUUGACCGAGCCUCAAGCAAGGGAGAAAGCUGAAAAGGAGGGAUUUGAAGUAAGUAUCGCCAAGACCAGUUUCAAGGCCAACACAAAGGCCUUAGCAGAAAAUGAAGGAGAGGGACUCGCUAAGUUGAUAUACAGACCAGAUAAUGGAGAGAUUCUUGGAGUUCAUAUAUUUGGGCUACAUGCCGCAGACCUUAUUCAUGAGGCAUCAAAUGCGAUAGCACUGGGGACACGUAUUCAAGAUAUCAAAUUUGCAGUCCAUGCACACCCUACUUUGUCCGAAGUCCUAGACGAACUUUUCAAGUCAGCAAAGGUAGCUCAUGUUUCUAGCCCAGUAAGUGAACCAGUUGCAGUCUAAUCUUCCUCAAUGCUCGACUAUAAAUUUUGAAGAUAUUUGCUUGUAAUAGGGAGCGUCAGCAAGUUUUAUAUCUCAAGCAAGAAGAGAUCAACACCCAGAGAAAAGAAGGAACACGAGGGAAUCAAGGACGACUUGGCCCGAAAUAUUUUUCGCCUUUGUAGCUUGGAUUCUUAGUUCUGUUCAUGGCUUGAAGAAACACUUGUAUUCAUAAUUGUUGUCAUAUGGAAGCAUUGUUUUUUUCGUAGUUGUAGACAAUAUUUUUCGCAUAAGAGGCGGGUUUACUACUAAACUCUACUGUUGCUUUAGCAUAAUAGCAGUGAUUAACAAUAACUGGUGAAUGUAAGGUGGAUCAGUUAUUUUCCGUUAGGUUGGUUCCGACGGGUUUUCGUUCUUAAAAUUUAAAUUGUUCAGUUCUGUAUA